AUGGCCACAGCAGGAGGAGGAGAAGAAGCGACAAUACAACGUAUAUUACGUAUAACUGACAUUGCUGACGAACCACUUCGAUUCAUCGCACCCAUUGGUUGCUAUGAAAAAAUGCCGCUGGUUUCACUUGAAAAAGCUGUCGAACCACUUGUUUCUAUUCUACCAGCUGUACAAAGUCAUGCAUAUGUUGCUAAACAGUUGUGUGGCAGUCCUGCCGAUGGAUUGACAACAGAUGAAUCUGCUUCCAUUAUGCUAUACACCAUGGGAUGGGAGCCACUCAACAAAUGCGUUUAUGUAGUUUUGAAUGAUACAUUACGAUCAUCUGAACGACAACAGAAGCUUAAACCAUCGUAUCUUUUUUGGGGACUAUUUCUUAGUGCACUCUUUCGUCCGCCACUACUGCCUAAAACUGCAUACCGAGGGGUCAGAUUAGAUUUAAGGAAACGUUAUCAGGAAGGGAAGACAAUCAUUUGGUGGCGAUUUUCGUCGUGUACAACAGCUGUCAGUGUUCUACAAUCAGAACAAUGUUUGGGAAUGACAGGGACAAGAACAAUGUUUACUUUACAAUGUCAAUCAGCUAAAAAUAUUCGAAAUCAUUCAUACUUUCCAGCUGAAGAUGAAGUACUUCUAAUGGCUGCAACUCAAUUCAAAGUAAUGGGUUGUCUUAAUCAAGGUAAUCUUCACAUUAUUCAAUUGGAAGAAACUACGCCACCAUUUCCACUGUUACAACCAGUACCUAUUGUUGGUUCAUUACCAAUUCAAUCAAAUCCAUCUGGUGAGUUCGAAAGAUAA